AUGAGGCUGUGUAACCGGGGAGUGAUGAUGCUGCUAACCACGGCGGGGGCUUUCUGCGCCUUCAGUCUCAUGACCAUCGCCGUGGGCACCGACUACUGGCUGUACUCCCGCGGGAUGUGCCGCUCCAAGAGUCAGAACGACAACGAGACCGUCCGCAAGAACGAGGAGGUGCUGACCCACUCGGGUCUGUGGAGGACCUGCUGCACCGAGGGGACAUUUCGGGGCGUUUGCAAAGACAUUGAUCACUUUGCUGAAGAUGCAGACUACGAGCAGGAUGCUGCAGAGUAUUUACUGAGAGCAGUACGAGCCUCCAGCCUCUUUCCCAUCCUCAGUGUGGGAUUAUUAUUUCUCGGAGGUGUGUGUGUAGCUGCCAGCGAGUUCUACAAGUCACGUUACAAUGUCAUCCUCAGCGCUGGUAUACUCUUUGUCUCUGCAGGUCUCAGUAACAUUAUUGGCAUCAUCGUGUACAUAUCAGCCAACUCAGGUGACCCCAGCCAGAGCGACAACAAGAAGAGCUACUCCUAUGGCUGGUCUUUUUAUUUUGGAGCUCUUUCCUUCGUGCUGGCUGAGAUGGUGGGCGUCCUCGCAGUGCACGUGUUUAUAGAAAAACACAGACAGCUUCGCACUAAAGGCCGGCCGUCCCUCAUUAAGCCGGCCAUCUCCCGGAACUCAUCUUACUACCGCAACCGUUACUACCAGAACCGCGGCCGCCGAUACAGCUACAGGAGCAACCACAGCGGAGGGGAGUCGGCCUCACAAUCCUUUCGAGCCUCCAUGGUGCGAGACCGAGAGCCGUCCCUCUCAGCUGAAUCCAAAGUUUUGGCAGGUUUGCCAACACCAGUGACAGUGGGCUCAGAUUUCAUGCUCUACACCUUAACCUCGCCUCUCAAAGACGGUAAGAUUAACAUGGCUGUGGAUGAUUUAACUUCUGCAGCUGCUCACAACAACACAGAGAUGCUGCCUGGAAACUGUGCUGCCAACAGAAGGACCACGCCAGUCUGA